AUGUCGCCUUUAUCAGACCCCAUGGAGAAGAAAAUCACACCAACUGGGAAUUUCGUGAAUACUCCCCCCACACCCCCGCCCUUAGAAGAGAAACAGUUGUCGAUCAGUGCUCAAAGAGUGCUGAACUGUUUCAAACUCCACUGUGAAGGUCGAAGGCCACAAUCUUGGUUGCAACAUCGGCUCACUCCGGACCAAUAUACGGAGGUUUUACGUGUACUAGAUGGUGACGAAUCUCUUCGAGGUUACGUAGAAGAUAAAAUAAGGUGCAUUGAAGGCAUGUUUAUUGAGUUAUACUAUAGGCUUGACUACGACACCAGACGGUCCCGUCUCACUAUCCGAAUGCCGAGUCCUCUACAUGGUUUGUUUUGUGCCGAGGUAGUCUCUAAAAUUUUGAAUCAAUUGACAGAGUUUCAAAAGAGUGAUGAAGCGUUCGGUGAUUUUGCGAGAAAGAUCAAACAUUUAUCGAUAUCUGGAAUCCGGCUACCGAAUGAUACAAAUAAUAGAGAGCAGACUUAUUCUGAACGGUGCCCAGAUGCAUCAUUUAUACACGAAUAUGCUAAAUAUCCCGGUGUUAUUAUAGAAGUGUGCUAUUCACAAAAAGUUCGAGCUGCUGCGGACUUGGUAGAUGAUUAUAUCCUCGACACCAAUGCGAGCGUGAACGCUGUGAUUGCCCUCAAUAUUGAAUAUAGAGGGUCUAAAAAGGCGACUAUAUCCGUUUGGCGACCGCACAAAAUUACCGUGGAUGGGGUGAAGGAACUCGAAGCAAAGGCUGUGAUAGAGAUGAUGGCACGUUCCUUUUCACCCUCUGGACUUCCAGUCGAUGAAUCUAAACAACCGGCGCUCCGGCUUUCACUUAGGGACUUUGCCCCUAAGAGCAUCUCACAGAAAUACCCCGAUCUCGAUCAAGAUAUCGUUAUCUCAUCGAGGGAGCUCUGUGACUUUCUUUCGUCUGCCGAAGCAGAACAUCAGAAACAGCUGCUAGACCAAGGCGUCGAUGAGCCAUUGUCACCAGGCACGCGAAAGCGUCGUCGAGUCCAGACCCCCCUUGAACAGCUUAGUUCAGAAGAAGAAUCCCCGAAGAACGCAAUGAAACGCGGGCGCCUUACGCGAGAUUCUUCCGGACUCUUCGCUCGCGGACCUGAAAGCUAA